AUGGUAGGUACAAAUACUCAAAAGUGCGGGUGUACUCAUAGAAAAGUAUAUGGGUUACCAUGUGCUUGUGAGUUAAAGAGAUAUACAUUGAGUGGUGAUCUGAUACCAAUUGAGGCUAUUCAUAUUCAUUUGAGAAAGCUAAGUAUGGAAGGUAAUCAAGAUGUAGAUGCAGAUGAUGGAUCAGAAUUAGACAUGAACAAUAAAAUCGAUGAAAUUAAGAAAAGGUGGAGGUCACUAGAUGUUGUAGGAAAAAGAGCAUUAAAAAGCAGAGUGUGUGAAAUUGCUUAUCCGACUACAACAAAGAUGUGUUCACCGCCUGAAAAGAUUAAAACCAAGGGAGGGAUGAAGAAGAAAGAGAAGAUACAUGUGGGAUAUAAUGUUUAUCGUGAUCCUUCGGGAUAUGAGUAUGUUGAUCAAGCACACUCGAAUUACAUCAGACCAUUUAUUGAUGACAUUGUUGAUGUAAGAGUCGAUGGAAAUUGUGGGUUUAGAGCCAUUGCAUCUUUGCAUGGUUAUGGCACAGAUGGAUGGUCAAUGGUUCGUCGGGAUUUGGACAAAGAAAUUAUAGUUCCUAGAAGCAAGUUGUAUGAGGAAUUAUUUGUUAAACGUAUUUCACCAGUGAGAUCAUCGUUGGUGAUAGGUAACCCUAGUUUGAGUUACUUUCCUAUGACGAGUGCAUAUUCACCUAAUGCAUCCAUUUACUGCAUUGGAUUUGUAAAUGGAAACCAUUGGGUUCAGGUAAACAUGAAUGAAGGAUUCCCGUUGCCAUGUGUCACAACUGAUUGGAAGAAAUAUCGCACAAAAGAUGCGACUUCUUGGAUGGAGAUAUACUAUUUGUUAGAUUAUGAGAUAUUGGAUUUUAAUAUGUCGGACUAUGGAUUAUACUAUUUUGUUGACAAUUAA